GUGGGCACGCCGCGGUCACCUGCGUCGAUACGGCGGGCUGCUAUGCGGCGCAGCAAUGGCGUCAUCGGGCGGCCCAACCCGCAGUGGCUGCUGGCCAUGGUAGAGAUGGGCAUCCCGCGCAGACACGCACAGAUCGCUUUGGAGGAAACCGGCAACGCGGGCGUGGAAGUUGCCACGGAGUGGCUCUUCGCCGCGGACCGCUCCGCUCUGCUGGAGGAGCCCUCAGACGAGGAGGGGGGCAGCGAGGGGCCCGGCGGCUCUGCGGGGCAUGCAGGGACCCACAGCGAUGUCAUGGCCGCAGGUGCCGGCAACACGGCUGGCACGUGGGCCUCUGAGGAGCUCACAUGGAGUGAAGACGACUUGGUAGUGCUUGAGCCGCGU